AUGAAUGAGACUGAAAUACUGAAGAAAGAUGGGGGUAUACCAACCACCCUGAGAACAACCAAAGAACAGUGGGAUCAGUCAAAUUCAUGGCCCUUACUUCAGUACAUAGCAGUUAUGCUUUUGGAAAACACAGGACACAAAGAUGCUAAAAUACUGGUGUCUGAAAUAGCUUCUAAAAUAUGUUUUGACAGAACCGAGUUCAUAAAGCCAGUCAAAAAGGAUUAA